UUCACUGAUAAUUCUCCACGAAUGACGCAUCUCUUGCCUAGCGGAACAAACUCGGCGUUUUGCAGGCUAGGAAAAAAAAAUCAAAACAAACACGUUUGAACGAGUUUUUACUGCUGCUACAAGUUGUCAUCUAGUUGUUGAUAAAAGUUACUUUUGCAUUAACAAAUAAAAUUUGUGUAGAUUAUUACAAAAAGAAAUUGUAAUUACUGUCAGAAAUGCAACGUUUUUGAUAAAUAGUGCCUUCUAACCUCACAAUCUGUCCAGUCUGAAUUGAAAGUUGCCAAGAAUUUUAGAUAAGCAUUGAUUUAUCACUCACAAUGAAGAACUUGAAGGAAUUAGGACGAUUCGUUAAUUUAAUAAGAAAUAAAAGAGUGAAUAUCUUUAAUUUCCAAUCUCGAGAUUAUACUUGUAUCUGCAUAAGCAGUUCCCCAGAAGUAAAUAAUAAUACUAAGAAUCCUUUUUUAUUUAAAAAUGAAUGUUCAGUAAUUAAACAGAAUAAUAUUAUUUUAAAUUGUGCUUCACAAUUAAGAAGUAUAUUUAGCUCUCAAACUUUAGAAAAGGGCAAAGAUCGAGGUGGAGGUAAAGAUAAAAAAAAACCAAAAGGAGGAAAACUUGAUCUGCGAGAAUUAUCAGGAGUACUCGAUGUUGAGGGACUGAGUGAUCAAAUGAGUAAGUGUGUGGAAAAUAUGAAAAUGGAUUUCGUUAAAAAUCUAACUGUUCGAUCAACAACUGGAGCAAUAGACACUUUACCAGUCAAAAUUGAUGGCAAAGAAUAUAAGUUACAAGAACUCGCACAAAUUGCUAGAAAACCAAAAAUGUUGGUGCUUAAUUUAGCAGCUUUUCCAACAGCUAUUCCUCAUGUAAUUAAAGCUGUGGAAAAAAGCGGUUUAAAUAUCAAUCCUCAGCAGGACGGUACCACUGUAUUUAUGCCAAUUCCUAAAGUUACCAAAGAACACAGAGAGACAUUGUCCAAAAAUGCAAAGGCAAUAUUUGUCAAAUAUCGAGAUCAGAUAAAAGAUAUUAGAACCAAGUCAGUAAAGUCAUUAAGUAAAAGAGACGGUAUAUCACAAGAUCAAAUUAGAAGAAUGCAAACUCAAGUUGAAGGAUUAUGCGAUAAAUACUUGAAAGAAGCAAAUUUGAUUUUGGAAUCCAAACAAAAUGAGCUGACAGGUGGUAGUGAUUAAGUAAUUUCUAUUUUUCAUGUAAAUUGUAAAAAUUAACUAAUUGUUGUUGUUUUUGAGAUUCACUUUACAUUUAUAAUCUUGAUUUUUACUGUUUAAAAUAUGGUUUCUUAAACAAA